UAACUCAGUUCCGGCAAGUCGAUCAGGUAAACCAGACGCAAUGCUAGAUCUCAACCUCAACUUCUUCUCCUCCGAUAUGGAAACCUCUGCCGCCACCUCCUCCAACGACGACGACUCCUCCACCACUCUCAACUUCCUCGACCUUCCAACCGAACCCGAUCAUCACUUCUCCGACGCCACCCGCACCAUCCAGCUCUUCCCUCCUCAUCCUCCCCUCCGCUCUUCCUCCGCCGCCAACCAGUGUCUCGGCCUCUCCUCCGCUCCCCAGCUCCACCGCGCUCCUCCGCCGCCGGCCGAGCAGCAGAGGACGAUCGCGCCUCUCCCGGACAAGGUCAAGAAGAGCCGUCGCGGUCCGCGGUCCCGGAGCUCUCAGUAUCGCGGCGUUACUUUUUACCGGAGGACCGGCCGUUGGGAAUCGCAUAUUUGGGAUAAUGGGAAGCAGGUCUACUUGGGUGGAUUUGACACUGCGCAUUCUGCGGCUAGAGCUUAUGACCGAGCUGCGAUCAAGUUCCGUGGAACUGAGGCUGAUAUUAAUUUCCAUGUUAAUGAUUAUGAUGAAGAUAUUAAGCUGAUGAGUAAUUUCACAAAGGAAGAGUUUGUGCAAAUCCUGCGUCGCCAGAGCACCGGAUUUGCCAGAGGAAGCUCGAAAUUCAGGGGAGUCACGCUGCACAAAUGUGGCCGCUGGGAAGCUCGUAUGGGCCAGCUGCUCGGCAAGAAGUAUAUAUACCUUGGCCUAUUUGAUAGCGAGAUUGAAGCUGCAAGAGCAUAUGACCAGGCUGCCAUCAAAUGCCAUGGAAAGGAAGCGGUCACCAACUUUAAUCAAAGCUUAUAUGAUGGGGAGAUAGUGACCGAGGCCAGCAAUUCAGCCUUUAAUGAUAGUCUUGAUCUAAAUUUGGGAAUCGCUCCUCCCUUGGCUUCUGACUGUCCAAAUGAGAACAAUGACAUGAGCAGCUUUCCGUUUCAUCUCAGCAGCAGUGUCCUUCCUUUUUACAAGAAAGGAUGGAGUAAGACCUCUGUCCCAGGACCUCCAGCAACCAUAAGGACUCAACUGCCUCAUGGCUCAAUGGGGACAUCCGCGGAGCCUCCUCUAAUGAGCAGCAUGAACUCCAAUUUCUUUCCAAUCCAACUGGAAAGAGCAACAGAGAAGAGAAUGGAUGCUAACUCCUUCCCCAUCUGGGCAUGGCAAAUGCAAGGCCAUAAUGAUGGAGCAACUCCACUGUCACUCUUCUCUGCUGCAGCAUCAUCAGGAUUCCCUUCUUCAACUACACCAUCAUCAGCUGCCGUCCCUCCACUUCAUUUUCCCAACACAUCAUAUCUCCAGCGUCACUUCUCACCAUCGUUCACCAACAGCACACCCCAUUUCUAUUGCAGGAGCUGAAGAAACCAGUACCGGAUAGGAUUUAACCACGUUAGUAAACUUAACCCCGGCUAGGAUCGGUAACAGAAUUUAUUUCUUACACGAUGUAAAGCUCAUGAAAACUUUGUAGUGUCUUCAAUCUAAUGGCAUGGAAGAAAUUCAUGUAGGUUUGCCUUGUUUGGCAUAAGAUCCAAUUAUUUUACAGCACCCUGUUGCUGAACUCUGUAAUUUAGCUUGCAUGGCAAGUAUGGUACCCCGUUUUCUGGUUCCCAGAUUGGUUGUAUAUUGAGCAUAAUGCUCAGUGAUUUGCUCAAAA